GUGGUGUACAUAUUGUAAUCCUACAUGGUGGUGGACACGGUAGACAUGGCGGUGGACAAGGUGCACAUGGCACGCAUGGUGGACAAGGUGGACAAGGUGGGCAGGGUGAACAUGGCGGACAAGGCGCGCACGGUGGACAAGGUGGGCAAGGUGAACAUGGCGGACAAGGCGCGCACGGUGGACAAGGUGGGCAAGGUGAACAUGGCGAACAAGGUGCGCAUGGUGGACAAGGUGAACAAAAAACCAUGCGAAUGGGAUGAACCACCGUGUCCGCCACCUACUUAUUGUCCAAUUACGAAUUGUUGUGAUCCUUGUUGCGAGCCUGUCAAACGAUGUAAAAGCUAUAAUCUUCGUGCAAGUAUAAUGUAUCGAUGCGAGUGUAUCAGGAGGAAUGGAUUACAAGAUAGAUGCAUGAUGUGGGAUUGUAUGGGUCGACCAGAGUGUAUGACAAAACUAUAUCCAGUUUGUGGACCUGGAACUAGCGCCCUUCUGAAGCUAACAGAUUUAGGAGAUAUAAGUGUAGCUCUUAAGAAGUUCCAUUGUGCAGAUCAAGCAAGAGAAUCUGCAUUAGCGGCAUAUUGCAGACUUGUUUGCAAUAACGCUUGUCCAUCACCUGUUUGCCCUCCACCAUGUAUAAGUUGCUGCUCACCUCCACCUUGUCCACCUUGUCCACCUUGUCCACCUUGUCCACCUUGUAAUCCUUGCGGCCCCUGUGAUCCUUGUGGUCCUUGUGCCCCUUGUGCCCCUUGUGGUCCUUGUGCCCCUUGUGGUCCUUGUGCCCCUUGUGGUCCUUGUGGUCCUUGUGUCCCUUGUGGUCCUUGUGCCCCUUGUGGUCCUUGUGCCCCUUGUGGUCCUUGUGUCCCUUGUGGUCCUUGUGCCCCUUGUGGUCCUUGUGCCCCUUGUGGUCCUUGUGCCCCUUGUGGUCCUUGUGCCCCUUGUGGUCCUUGUGCCCCUUGUGGUCCUUGUGCCCCUUGUGGUCCUUGUGGUCCUUGUGGUCCUUGUGGUCCUUGCGGUCCCUGUGAUCCGUGUGUUCCAUGCGUACCAUGUCCACCGCCAUGUCCACCGCCAUGUCCACCACCCUGUUUACCUUGCAUGCCAUGCUGUGCACCAUGUUAAACAGUUAUAUAUGUAGAUAUGUAUUUUUUAUUAUCUCAUGUCAAUUUCAAUAUAAAAAAUUACGUAUUAUAAAUAUGAAAUAGAAUUAAUACAUAUAAAACAUAUAUUCUUUACAUGUACAAAUGUACAAAUACAUCAAUCAUAUAUAUAUAUAUAUACACACCGAUGGUUUAUAAUUAUUUCUAUUUAAUUAGCAUUAAGGGAUUUUAAGAAAAAGCUAAGAAAUGCACCAAUAAUAAAACGAGUGAAUGCUUAAAAUAUUUACAUUUAAAUUUAGCGCUUAAUUAUCUUAUCUCAAAAUGCGCCCUACAGAGGGCGCGAGUAGCAGAUGAUAUUUUUAAUGCCAAGAACAUCGUUCAUAACCUUAUUUACGAAUCUAUCGUUACAAUUCGGAGAGUGUAUUCCAGAAUAUUUGAUGAAUUUUUCAAUAAUAACAUUUUAAUUAAACGUCGUAAUAUAAUAACCUAAUAAAUCUUAUAAUAUUGUUGUCAAUUUUGAAUCGUAAGAAAUAAUUAAUAAUAUU